UAUUUUCAUAUUUUAGUGGCCACAGUUCGAGAGGAGAAGUCAAUCAUCCAAAAAUCGAUCUGGAACGAGCAGAGGUCUGUGAACUCGAGCUGUGAGAGUGCUGAGACUGUUUGGCCAAUAUCUCGAGUUUUACCAAUCCAAUUAAGGCGUGUGAGAUACCAAAAGAAAGCUCUCAAGACGAGGAAUCCGUGAAGGUCUGGUUUGCAUCAAUCGGAGUAGAGGAAGGCUUCCAAAUCGUCCGAGCAGAACGAGACCUCGCAGGGACGGAUUUACUCUUCUAAGAAUCGAGUUAGCCGGAAAACACCCGUUCUAGGGGCUGUUUUAGUAUCAACGAUUCGGGGUUGAAAUAGCAACUUGAGGAGGCUGUUUAGCACCCAUUUUCAAGCAAGGAACUAGUUCCCAAUCUUCCUUGGCCGAGGCUUUAGCCAUUGGAUCGAGAAGGAAGGUUUUAAAGCUCAUUUGAGGUGAGGAUCGACAUCUAGUUGCUUACAACUUGUAGGUUAAGCAUGAGAUUACCUAAAUGCUUAAAUAAUGUUUUCCAUGGAUUAUGAUGAUAACCUAUUGAUGGAAUAUUGAUCUAUUUUCCAAAGAACGAAAUAAGAAAUGAUUUGGUAAAGUAUUGAUGAAAAUGGAGUUAAAUGAACUAUUGUGUGAAAUAGGCAUUUUACUCAUGUGUGAAUUGUGUAGAUACAUAAAUGAUUAUUUAUGUAUUACAUUGAAUGAUUAAGUUGCUGCUACAUAUCUCUAAAUAUGUAGGGUUUUACAAAUGGAAUAUAUGAUUGAUAAGAAUAAUCUUAAUAGUAUUGAAAUACUAGUUAAUGAUUGUUGAAAUUGUUGAAGAAUUGAAUCUAAGGAUUUGAUUGUAAUUGAUGAACUUGAUUGUGAUGCAAGUGACUAAAUUGAUGUAAUGUGAUGCUAAGACCAUGGUUGGGCAGUCCGUAGGGAUGUCCCAAGAUAGAUUAUUGAUAUUACAAUUCUAGGCCUAGUGAGUGCUUAGGAAUUGGGGUCUAUGCCAAUGUAAGGAGAUGUACUUGAGCCCGUGCUCAUAGAAUUGCAUUGGGUAGACAUGAUGAGGUGAUUGUGUGCAUGGGGAUGUAGUCGAGUUGGACUCGAGAAUGCACGGUGGAGUAGUUAGCUUAUGUUAAUUAAGGUGCAUGGUGAUGUAGUCGAGUUGGACUCGAGAAUGCAAACAUAUGUGUUAGGGUUGAACCCUAUGUAUUGUUGUGACUAGGGGUCACGGGAUUUUGGAAAAAUGUUUUAUAACAAACAUGGGCCUUUGAGCCGGCUACUUGACUUUAUAUAAAGUAAGUAUAUAUUUUGAAAGGGGUAAUUUGAGAUUACGGCCUAUACUAUAUUAUCACCCUAUUUGAGGGUCUUGUGUGUGAAAUACUUGUUGUAUAUCUAUUAGAUGCCUGCCACACCAGCACUUUAUAGCCCUAUAGAGUGCUGACCCCUUCGGGGGCGUCCCACCACCAUUUUUCAGGUUGAGGCUAGAGCUUGCUUCCUGUGCUCGUUGCUCGAGAGAUCAUAUAGGAGGGAAGACUUGAAAUGGACGGUGGUGGCAGGAUUACUAGGAGAAACCCGACGGGCCGUGUACCAGUGGAGACUGGACAGGGCAGUCGAAGGACCUCUAGGGCGUCUAGGGGAGCUGGCCGUGGAGGCCGAUCACAGACCGUGAGUGACGGUCAUGUUGACACAGAAAGUGAAACCUACUGGUCCUAUGAGGACUCAACUUACCAACCGGAGACCGAGCCGGUUGAGACCCCUUACGAAGGGGAUGACGAUGAUAUAAGUGAUGAAGAAGGGGAGAAUGACUCCCUAGCCAGAAUCGAGGCGCUGCUCCAACAAUAUCAGCGGGAGCGCGAAGAAAGGAGGGAACGCCGAAGGCGCCGGGGAGGGCGAACUUUGGGUGGGGCUUCAAGAGGAAGAAGCCAAGGCGACUCUAGGGCCCACAUUGAACCACAUGGGGGCCGGGGUGAUGGAGGUCCGAUCAUAAGGAUCUCAAAAUUUCUCAAAGAGGCGAGAGACUUGGGGUGCAAACCCUUCAACGGAGCAGGUGACAUCUCGGUUGCCGCGGAAUGGAUCAAGAGGCUGAACGAAGCAGCCCUUGAUAUGCAACUCACCCCCGAGUUUAAGCUAAGGGUGGCGGUGAGGUUGCUUGAAGGGAUGGCAUCCACAUGGUGGGACG